AUGCCCUCUAUCAUUGGAACACCAUACUACUGUGCUGUGGAAAAAUAUACUAGCCUUGGACUCGGCUUUGGAAAACGUCGAGCGUCCGGAUCGGAGACUUCGUCGACUCCUGCUCAAAAUGGUACCGUCUCUGCAGAGGCCGUUGAUGUUGCUCAGACCAUUCUGGGAGUUGAAUUUAGUGAUGCGCAAACUUCUUACGAUAACGCUACUGGUGCAUGGGGAUUGGACAUCGCCGGCGCAGGCGGAGAAUGGGUCGCUCGUUUUAUCGAAUUAAACGAUGCUACCAACCUCGACACCUUAGAUGGCGUCACAUACGAUACCCUCGUGCAAUGGAUGACAGAGGGAAUGACGCUCUACUAUCAUUCCCUCCAAACCACUAUUUCGGAUCUCACAACUAUUAUGAGCUUUAACGAAUCUUCUGCAGCGCUCAGUGAAUGGUAUAAAUUCUAUUUGGUUCCUGGAGCUGCGCAUUGUGCGACUAACCCUCUAGAACCUAAUACUCCGUUCCCUCAAACAAAUUUGACAGUUAUGGUUUAUUGGGUUGAGAACGGUAAUGCACCUGUUACUCUCAAUGCAACAGUCUUGAACAGAGAUUAUAAGGGUGAUAAUGGACAGAUUUGUGCAUGGCCAUUGAGACCUAUGUGGACUGGCAAUGAAACGCUGGAAUGUUAA